AUGAAUUGGAACAAUUUUGAAUUGCCACAUGAACCAUCAGUUGAUUUAGCAGACCAAGCUCUAUUAUUUGAUCCUUGUCUUAAUAUAUAUAAAAAGAAAAAAGGGUAUUAUGCCACAGGAGUACCUGUUGUAAUGAAAGAAGGAGAUAUAUGUGAAGUGCCAAAUCAAUUUGGAGUUCAAGAAUUAGCUAAUUCUAUUCCAUAUUAUACAUCUCGAGUAUUAGCAGAAAACCAUACUAUUGACCAAACGCAUAAUUAUUUUAAUUUAAUGCAAAUGAUUAAUGUAAAAAAUAAAAAAUAUUUUCUUUAUCCUCAUAAAGAAGGAGAAGUAGAGUUCUGUUUAUUUAAUGGAGAGAUUACUCCAAAAGGACGAAUUGUUUGUGGAGGUAUUAUCAGAAAAAUUGUUGUUAUUAAAGAAACACUAUGGAAAAACCCAUCAAUGCAUAUUACACCACCUCCAAUAUUUUGUAUUGCUAAUGAAAGUAAUAUAUUUAUAUAUAUUAUGGAAGAUGAAAAUCCAGUAAGAAUAAAUGAAUUUCAUAUUAAUGAUAAAAUUGAUGAUAUUCAAAUAAUUUGUACUGAUGAUAUUUAUUUAAUUAUUGCUGUAAAUAAUAAAAUUCAUUUCAUUUCAAUAAAUACAAAAGAAGAUAAUGAGUAUAUAAUUCCAUAUAGGGAAGGAGAUGAUGGAGAGGCAAGAAUUACAUUCAGUUUAUUUCCUAAAUUAAUUAUUUGUAGAGGUUUUGGUAUGUACAUAUUAAAUAUAUUAACAAAAGAAGUUGAAAUAAAAUAUGGAUUUUCUGAUAAGGUUUUUGCUUUAACAAGUCAUCUAUCUUUUCCAUUUCAUGUUAUUAUUAUAACUGAAACAUCACUUUUUAUUAUGGAUACAAGGACAUUUACUGGUGUUGCGUCUCAUCUACAUGUAAUUCCAAAACAACACUUAUACUAUGAUAUAGAAUGUUUCUUAUAUGAAAAUAAAUUAACAUGUAUUAUUCCAACGGAGCGUUAUUGUAUAAUAGUUCCAUUUGAAUUUAAUCUUGAAAAGUUACAGUUUGAUACUGAAUAUGCUUCUUGUCUUGUUAAACUUCCAUUAAUACUCCCAUUUAUUAAAAAAAAAAUGCAUUAUAGGAUUCUUGGACUUAAUGCAAUUCCUCAUGAAAAUGAACUUAUAAUGAUACUCAUCGAUACUGAAAGAAGAAUUACAGCUCAAAAAUUUAUUUAUGGAGAAUAUAAUGAAGAUAUUCCAAAAUAUUCUGUUAUUCUUUCUGAAAAACACACAGUAGAAAGACCUAUACCAUCAUUUAGAAGAAAGAUAGAUAUGUACCGUGAAUUUUUAGAUAACCAAUUAUCUAAAGAACCAGUUGUUAGAAAAAAGAUAAAACAAGAAGAAUCUAAAACUAAAAAAGUUGAAGUUAAAAGCACCAAAGUAAAAGACUAUGACAAUAAACAUUCAGAUAAUUUCUUUUAUAAUUAUGCAUUAAAAAAAUGUGCACAAAAAGAUAAAGAAGAAAUGGAACUUAGAAGAAAAGAAUUACAGAAAAGAACUAAAAGUAAAAAACCAAAAGUUAUAAAAGAACCUAAACCAAAGAAACCUCAAAUUAAGUUACCUAAAGAAAGGAAAAAGAGGGAAGGAAGUGAAAUAGCAUCACUUAAUGUUAAUUCUCUUAGACGCCAUAAACGUUGA